AGGGGAAGCCAGCCAAGCCGAGCCGAGCCAGCGGAGGAGAGAGAGAGAGAGAGAGAGAGAGAGAGAGAGGAGGGAGGGGGAGGGGCUCGGAAGCGGUGGAGGUUGGUGGCGCAGCAGGAGGAGGAGGAGCUUCUAGAGGAGGGUUAAGGGAGGCGGGUGCCCCAUGGGGGACUCCAGCGGCUCGGUGUCGAUCGACGUCGAGCGGAUCUUCUUCGGCGGCAAGGAACAUCGAGUAAGAACGAGACAUGGCCCUCUUUCGGUUUCUGUAUAUGGAGACGAAGACAAGCCCGCGCUCAUAACUUAUCCAGAUGUAGCCUUGAAUCACAUGUCUUGCUUCCAAGGAUUGUUCUUCUGUCCAGAGGCUGCGUCGCUGUUGCUUCACAAUUUCUGUGUCUACCACAUCACCCCUCAAGGACACGAGUUAGGAGCGGCUCCGAUUUCAUCUGAUGUGCCCGUGCCAUCUGUCGAUGACCUUGCAGACCAGGUCGCCGAUGUCCUUGAUUUUUUUAGUUUAGGUGCUGUAAUGUGCUUGGGUGUCACCGCUGGUGCCUAUGUUCUCACCCUCUUUGCGACAAAGUAUCGGGAGAGGGUUCUUGGCCUCAUGUUGGUUUCACCUCUAUGCAAAGCCCCUUCAUGGAGCGAGUGGUUGUAUAAUAAGGUAUUAUUAAACUUGCUUUAUUAUUAUGGGACACGUGGCUUAGUCAAGGAAAGCUUGCUUCAGCGUUAUUUCAGCAUGGAAGUUCGUGGCAACGGUCAAGAUCCUGAAUCAGAUAUUGUCCAAGCCUGCAGAACUUUACUUGAUGAAAGGCAGGGAGCUAAUGUCUGGCGGUUCCUUCAAGCAAUUAACAGGCGGCAUGACUUAACGGAAUCGUUGAUGAAGCUUCAGUGCCGGACGCUAAUUUUUGUGGGAGAAAACUCACAAUUCCAUGCCGACUCAGUCCACAUGACCACAAAACUAGACCAGAGAUACUGCGCUCUAGUCGAGGUUCAGGCUUGUGGUUCACUGGUGACCGAAGAGCAGCCCCAUGCGAUGCUCAUUCCUAUGGAAUACUUCCUUAUGGGAUACGGGCUUUACAGACCUCCACAGCAGGAAACUAGCCCCCGGAGUACACUGAACCCGUUCUGCAUAUCCCCUGAACUUCUGUCACCUGAGAGCAUGGGGGUAAAGCUGAAGCCAAUCAAGACGCGGAUCUCACUGAACGUUUAGCAUGGGCGGAUCAUGGAUGGCCAUGGCCUGACAAGUGACAACCACAGCUCAUGAAAGUGAAGACUGCUUGGGCUGAGUUUUGCAACCACAAGUUUUGAUGCCUUUCGGCGCCUGGUGGUACGCGAAGAAAAUUCUACAGGCUGAAGGCAGUUUUUGUUGAUGCGGGGAGGUUGUAGUAUUGUAGGGGAGGGCAGAAUGGCAGAUGGCUGUUUGUUCAUAUGUUUGUAGUCAGUACACAUGUAUAUCUCACGAUAUCGUUUCAUACAGAAAUAUAAAUGGAAAAGCUGAAUUCCACUCA